UGAGUCAUCCCCCCGGUCCAAACGUCGCAUCUCAGUGUUUACGCAACGUGAGCUUUUCGUGUUUGUUCUCUCGUCAAGUGAGCCUGUCGCGGCUAAAGUGCGCAGCUUUUCCUACCCCGAAGUUCUCGCCGAUGCGGAGAUCGCAGUCUUAUACAGUUUUUCGAUAGUAAUUAGGAUAAUGCGCAGUGAAGCUGACAUUUUUUUCGCAGUUUACGUUACGAAGCAGCAGAGACCUGGAUUGUGAUUCUUGAUUUUUAUUUCCAAGUGUUGUCAUGACAACAGUGGAAGCUGUGAAUUUUAACUGGGUCGGAGACAACGGUAUCACGGUGACUUCCCACUCAGCUACCUGCCGGGCAGGCAGCCGCCCGCCCAGAAUUGGAGAUAUCCCAAAACACGCAGCAGUAGAUGAUGAGUCCCCCUCGACGUCUUUCGACCCAUCCCUGCGACAUGACCUCGCUCGACGGUACAAGAGGAUCGCGCAGCUCAGCCAGUCGGAGCUGGCGGCUCCUCCGCGCUCCAAGCCGGCGCCGGUGCCCGUGGCGACGGUCACCGAGUACAAGAAAUCCCUCACCCAGCCGGAGAUCCAGAUCGACGCGGGGGAACUGGCCCCCCUCCUCAAUCAGACCCAGCAGUCGCAGAACCUCACCACCCGGCCCAUCUACCCCAACGUCCCUUUCUCCCCCUACUCCUCGCCCCGCUCCGUCCGGCGGCGGCCCCCGCUCAAGGAGAGCCGCAGGGUCAGCAUCGACAAGUCUGGCAGCUUUCUUCAGCUCAACCAGUACCGCCUCCUCGAGACUAUCGGACAGGGAUCUUUUGGUAUCGUGAAAUUAGCAUACAAUGAAGAGGACGAUAAACAUUACGCAAUGAAGAUUUUAUCAAAAAAGAAGAUGUUGAAAAAAGCAGGAGUUUUUGGUCGGAUAGGACCUAAUCGCAAAAGUGCCAAUCCUUUAGACAAAGUGUACAGAGAGAUAGCUGUCCUCAAGAAACUGGAUCAUCCGAAUAUCGUAAAGUUGGUCGAAGUCCUGGACGAUCCUGAUGAGGAUCAUCUAUAUUUAGUUUUUGAACUUCUGGAAAGAGGAGAAGUCAUGCGCCUCCCGACAGAUGAGCCUCUCUCCGAGGCUCAAGCUCGAAAUUAUUUUAGAGAUGUCAUCCUCGGCUUGGAAUACUUGCACUUCCAGCGGAUCAUCCACCGCGACAUCAAGCCGUCCAACUUGCUGUUGGGCGAGGAUGGGCGGGUGCAAAUCGCCGACCUGGGCGUCUGUAACGAAUUCGACGGGCCCGACGCCUGCCUUAACUCCACCGCGGGCACCCCCGCCUUCACCGCCCCGGAGGCCCUCAUUAGCAACAACUCCGCACCAUUCAGCGGCAAGGCUUCUGAUAUCUGGUCUCUUGGAGUCACUCUAUACGCUUUUGUCUACGGACAUGUUCCUUUCUACGCUGAGGCUAUUCCUCGCCUUUACGAGAAAAUUAAGUCUGAGCCGGUAGUUUUUCCUCAAACGCCUGUGAUUUCAUCGCAACUGAAAGAUCUCAUUACAAAACUAUUACACAAAGACCCUGCACAACGAAUGUCUCUCUCUCAGAUCAAGGAGCACCCAUGGGUGACAGAGAAUGGAACAAAUCCUUUGAUAUCAGAGGAAGAAAACUGUCAAUUAGUGACUGUCACAGAUGAAGAAGUCAUGAGAGUUAUCACCACAGUGCCCAAAUUAGAUACAUUAAUUUUAAUUAAAGCUAUGCUCAAAAAUCACUCAUUCCAGAAUCCAUUCCUAAGUGAAUCUCUUGCCCGUAAAUUUCAUCGUGCUGGAAGAUCUCACUCUGCACCAGGCUCAUAUGACUGUCUAAACCAAAGAAAUUUAUCAGUUGAGACGAUACUACCUGCUGUUAAGGAAGUGUCUACGACUGAGUCAAACUUGCACAACUAAGGACGGUAUAAAUGAGAAUCUAUUUAUUUUUGUUAUUACAAGGUGACUGACCAGACUUCAAUUGUGGCCAAAGUGACAAUUUAUUGUUUAAAAACAUCGACGAGGUGAUGCUGCGUUCUCACUGAUUUCAAAACCAAUUUUUAUAAGAUAGUUUUAGUUAUUUGUUAAUUAAUUUAUUUAUUUAUUUAUUGGCCUUGGUUUGAUACAAAAUAUAUACUUGAAGGAACUGCCUCCUGGAUGUUGGACAGUCUCUGUCAUAACAAUGCACAAACAGUUUAGAAUAGGUACUUACAAAAAUAUAAAAUAGUUAUCAUAAAUCAUCUGUUUGAUUUGAACGAUCUGUUCUUCAAGUUUUUUCACAGUGAGAACUGUUUACAUUUUACCCAGAAAUAUGCAAAAAAUUAUGUUUUACAUGUUGAUAUUUAGAUAUUUUCUGGAUUUGGUAAUCAAAUAACAAGUGGCUCCCAUUGUUAGUCAAAUAUUCCAAAGAUUUACAAGAGAGAGUAACGAAUUUUUAUUUAUCAUUAGCCGAUUGUACCUAUUCAUUUAAUUUUAUCCAAAAAACUUACAUUUUGAAAAGACUACCAAUGAGCAUGUUCUAAAAGACAUAGUACGUUUUCCUUGCAAUUUUCAAAGUUUUCACUUUUUAACUUGAAGACUACCUCCACUUGAUGAUGGAGUUCACUGCUUUUCAUUUUCAUCUCUUACAACCACUUUUAAAUCCGUUAUGAAAUUUACAAAUAAUACCGAUCCAAUAGUUUUCACACACAUGUUUGAUAAAUUUGCAAUUCAAUUGGUUAAAUCUUCCUACUUGUAGCACUAACUUUCGUAAUCUUUUUUCACCAUUACAAAUUUGUGUUCAUGCUGUUCUUUCCAACUUUAAGUUUAUUUUAGAUUGUUGGAAACAAACUCCUCAAACAUGCUUAGAAAAACCAGUAUCAAAUAUUUAUCAAGUUUUUGCUCAGUGUUUUAGACAUGUAUCUCAGCUCUCUGAACUUUUGGAAGUACCAAAGUAGUAAGUAAUCAAAUUUAAAAAGUGACCAUUCAAGAUCAUCUGAGUUAGUUUUUAAACUAAUGACGUCAUUUACAAGGAGAGGUUCUUGAAUUUCUGAGAGUAAUCUUUUGUUGAUUUUUUUUUUAAGAAGUUUUCUUUUAGAAGAAAAAGUUCAGAAGGAAGAGAGAUGAAUUGGAUAAUUCUUGUUGAACUCCUUGUACAUAAAUUUAGUGAACUCUGCCAGUAUAAAAUUUCUUUUUUAAUAAAAUUCGACAUCACAUAUACAUACUACAAACUGUUUUACACAAAUUAUUUUAAGAAAUUUUCUCGCCAAUCAAGAUUGUUUUCAAAGAUAUUUAAAUUUGGCCUGUUAAUGAUCUAUUACAAAAUAAUCAAGGGCUAAAGCCCUAACAUUCAGCCAGAAGACAGAGCUAAUCACUCAAAAGAAAGUGACAGUAAUUUCAAACCAUACAAUUGAUCAAUUAAGAAGCAAAAAUAAUUUUGGAGUGCACUGUGUUCAUUGAAAUUUUGCUUAUGAAAACAUCAAAACGAAGGUCAAAUUUAAAAUUAAGAAACUGUACUGCAUAUCUGUGGAUUUGCAUAUGCAGCACAAGAAAAUUAUCUUAUAGAGUAACUUAUUUUUUUAGCUUAUAAGAAAACAAAUAAAACAAAGUUUUGUUUCUUGAA